UGUGUGAGCGUGAAAAGGCUCAAAUGUAUCCUCUGCAGUAGUCUGUCAAAGAUAGUACUUGCUUCAGAAGGAUGCAUUCUCCUUCAUCAUAAAUAAUUUUAAAAUCACAAAAAGUGAAAAAGGAAAAAAAAUAAAAUGAAAUCUUCCUUCAAGUAACCGGUGAUUCCAUUGACACUGCAGCUCUUAUAGCACUAGUGAUUGCACUCCACCUUUCUUCAGGAGUCAGAGUACAAGUAAAACUUGGAAUAUUAAAUUCUAUAUAACCUUUGUAGCAACUUGGUCAUUUGUAGCUGGAAACAUGAGAAACAAAAUGUGCCUUUUCCUCUUCCUGUUUUUUAUGGAAUGCUAUCUGGUCUGGCAAAAAUAUAUAGCCACGGCAAGGGGAAUUGUGGUGCAACAAAAGUCAGAAGCUGCAAUCCCAGUGACAACAUUGUCACCACCUGAAGGCAACACUACAUUCAUUGAUGGCACAACUUGGUGUGUGGCUCUUGCUGGUGUUUCCCAAGCUGACUUGCAGAAUGCUCUUGAUUGGGCUUGUGGACUUGGAAUGGCAGAUUGCACAGCCAUCCAACAUGGUGGACCAUGUUUUGAACCAGAUACACUAGUUUCCCAUGCAUCCUUUGCUUUCAACAGCUACUAUCAGAUAAAUGGCAAUUCUGAUAUUGCAUGCAAUUUUGGAGGAACUGCUGCUUUGACAAAGCAUAACCCCAGUUAUGGAAAAUGUGUCUAUUCUACAUCUGGAUCUUUAGUUGCUUCUGCCCCACCUUCACUGAGGAAGCAUAACCAAAACCUGGUUUGGUCGAAACUUGCUGCCUUGUUACUGCUUUCAUACUUUUGGAUGUGACUAUGGUCGGCCAAACCGUGGACAAAAGGAAAAGUGAAUUAGAGGAAGGUUAGGGAAUAUUGUACCUUUAUUAGCAUUUUGUAAUUGUGUUUUUGUUGCUAAGGUAUUCUUAGCUUUCAUGUUGGGUCAGGACAAGAAUCUCUAAUUGUGCAAAUAAUCUAUUUUUGCAGUUUAAUUUGUAGUUUUGUAUAUUAUUUGUUUGUUGGUGUUUAA